AUGAGGAAUUCUGAGAUACUUAUAUACACUCUUGUAGCAAGACUAUCUAAUCAAGAGCAGAAAAAUCUACUUUAUCUACUGGCUGAGCUGCGUGCAGUCAAACUUUUGUCGCCAAAUAUACAGCAGAAGCAUUACCAUGUGGGCGGCUAUUUGGUGGAUGGCAAUCGGCAUGACAUUGAGCACUGUUACUAUCAUGGCACCGUCAAGGACUAUCCGGGCGCCAGUGCCGCCUUUCACACCUGCAACGGCGUCAGCGGCGUCAUUCACAUUGGCAACGAGACUUUCGUUAUUCAUCCGUUCUACGGCGGCGAUCUAUCGAAACAUCCGCAUGUGAUUUUCGAGGCACGCACCAAGGCGAACAAAGGUUGCGCCAAUUCGGGCAAUUUGGACUCUUGGCGUCUGUCGCGUCGCACCAAACAUUUGUCCGCCGGCGUGGUGGACGAAGUGCAUGCCAAUGGAGCUGGACGCUAUCGGCGCGACGUGCGCGAGGCAACCAAAUACAUUGAAACGGCCAUCAUAGUGGACAAGGCGAUGUUCGAGAAGCGCAACGGCAGCACACGGGCGGAGGUAAUCCACGAUGCCAUACAGGUGGCCAACAUAGCGGAUCUGUAUUUCCGCACCUUGAACACUCGCGUGUCCGUGGUCUAUAUUGAAACGUGGGGCAAGAAUCAGGCUGUCAUCGAUGGCAGCAAGGACAUUAGCAAGGCAAUAUCCAACUUCAAUGACUACACUUCAAGGAAUCUAUUUCAAAUUGAACGCGACACAACGCAGCUGCUGACCGGCGAAACAUUCGCUGGCGGCGAGGCCGGCAUGGCCGUUCCGGAGACUGUUUGCACACCCCGUGCCGUCGGCAUCAGUGUCGAUGUGAAUGUAUACGAGCCACACCUUUUGGCCGGCACCAUGGCACACAUGAUUGGACACAAUAUCGGCAUGGGCCACGACGAUGGGCGCGAGGAAUGCUUCUGUCGGGAUUGGCACGGCUGCAUUAUGGCGCAGUCGAUAGUUGGGCAGGAGAAUGUGCAGCCGUACAAAUUUUCCGAGUGCAGUAAAAAGGAUUACAUCGACGCACUGCGUACUGGCCACGGGCUCUGUUUGCUGAACAAGCCCAACGAGAUCGAGCUGCGUCGCAACUGCGGCAACAAAGUCAUUGAGGAGGAUGAGGAAUGCGACUGCGGCACGUUUGAGGAAUGCGCUCUGGAUCCCUGCUGCGAUGGCAUCACAUGCAAGCUCAAGUCCGAGGCCCAAUGCGCCACUGGCGCCUGCUGUGACCAAUGUCGGCUGCGACCCAAGGACUACAUCUGCCGUGACUCGCACAACGAGUGCGAUUUACCGGAGUUCUGCGACGGCCAGGUGGGCCACUGUCCGUCGGAUAUUUAUAAAAAGAACGGCUCGCCAUGUGGCCUCAGCAAAACGGGUAUUUCAGGUUAUUGCUUUCAGGGUUAUUGUCCAACGCUCUCGCUGCAGUGCGAGGCGAUUUGGGGCUACGGCGGCUCCGCAGCGGAUCGCCAGUGCUACGAGCAGUUCAACUCGAAGGGCUCCAUCAAUGGCCAUUGCGGUCGCGAUACCAACGAUCAGUACAUCAAGUGCGAGCCAGAAAAUGUGCAGUGUGGCACGCUCCAGUGCAAGGAGGGGGAACGCCAGCCGGUGAACGAUGGCAUUGAUCAGCUUUACUCGCGCACAAUUAUCUCCAUCAAGGGACAGGAGUACGAAUGCAAAGCGACGAGCGGUCAAGUGGGCUCCAACAGCUAUCCGGAGCAUGGACUAGUGAAGGAUGGCACACCGUGCGGCGAUAAUUUGAUUUGCCUCAACCAAACCUGCGCCAGUCUCUUUCCGCAUGUGGACCAAACCAAGUGUCCAACAAACAAGCAGGGUCAAGAGUGCUCAGAACGCGGUUUCUGCACGAAUGCGAAUCGCUGCUUCUGCGAUAUGGGCUGGGGUGGCUCCGACUGCAGCCAGGUGGUGAUACUAACGACGCCAGUGCCGACGGAGGCGCUGCCAACGCCAGAGAAUACAAUCAAAAUGGAGAAGAAAGAGACUCCAUAUGAGAACUACCACGGCUCAAAUACAGUGUUCCUAGUCGGUGUUCUAAUGUCAGUUGUAGGGUUCGUUUUUAUAACAUUCACCUUGAUGGCAUUGUGCUACAGACGCAAGACAACGACCCUUAAAUAUGAUGCGCCCUUCUCCAAGAAACCAAUGCCCAAAGGCUACGGCGGCGCAGCCACAGCGCCCAAUCAUCAUUCCGUUGAGGAGGUAUCUCUAGAUGGAUCCAGCAAAUUGGUUUACGCCAAUCAGGCAGGCUUCAGGGACAAGAACAUGCACGGACGUCGCUAUACAACGGGUGGUGAGGAUGAUCAAUCACAUGCAGAGAAGGGCAUUCUGAAGAAGCACGGCUAUGGACUGGUGCACGGCGAGCAGCUGAAGGACAAAUGGUGCGACGAUAGCCAGUCGGACAAUCUGGAGCUGAUCACACAGGACGGCACACAGGCGUCGACCAUUGGCGGCGCUGCCGCCUCCGAGGUGGAGCGCACACUCAAAUCGUUGAAUGGCUACCAUGAGGACAUAUUGGAGGCGCUGCGCAAUGCCGCCUCGCAUCGCGGCACGGGCACCGGCAACACGCCCGUCGGCAGCGGCAGCUUGAGCGAGGAAAUGCUGCGCAAGACGCUGCAGGAGUGCGGCAGUGCCGCUCAGCUGGCCUACGCUGCGGAGCCCUACAAGCGCGCCAGCGGCUCCAAGUCCAGUUCGCGUGAGAACAUUUGCGACAGCAAUGCAGCGCAUGCAAUUCUGCUGGACGGCAGCGGCUCGGCCUUGGGUGGUCUGUCGCUGGGGCCGGAUAUGCGUGGCGUGGGCGGCAGCGGCGGCGGCGGCGGUCUGGCCUCCAUGACGUCAAUGGGCCAUGGCAGCGCUUUGUUGCAUCAUCAUCGCUCGCAGCAUCAGUUGCAUCAACCGGGCGGCAUGUCGCUGCAGCAGCAGCAGCAGCAACAGCAGCAGCAGCAGCUGCAGGCAACGCUGGAUGAUGAUGAUGCACCGUCGACUGGACCGCUGCGUAUACGUAAUCUGGAGGAUCUUAUCAGGCAGCUGGAGCAUCACUCGUCGCGUCACAUGAGUCCCAGCGGCUCCGAGGAUAUUCGCAUGUCGGAGACGGAGGCCGAUCGCCACUAUAGAUUAGAUAGUUCCGCCGCUUGUAGUGAGUCCUCGCAAGGCAGCCGUUGCCGGCCCCGCUCUGACGAGGACGCUCGCUUUGCCUACGGCGGCCGCUAUCGCCAGCCGGCGCCGACCGGCCGCCACACAACGCAUCAGUCGCAUUCUCCGCAUGCAUUUGGCCACCAUACACACCAUUCGCACGCCCAUGGACAUGCCACCCAUGGUCCACACUCAUCGCACCACUCGUCGCAUACGCACCUGCACCAGGAUGACGAGGGCAUCUACGAGAGCGCCGACCAUCAUGAGCGCGGCGGCCUAGACGCGCGACUCGAUCCGCAGGAGACGCCCGAGAGCGAAAGUGAUGACUUUAUUCAAGCUCAACAACAGUUAGCCCGGUGGGCGAGUGAGGAUGUGGUAUCCGUCGUGGUAUUGGACCAGCCGCAAUCCGGCACAAUGUCGGAUUCCCAACCAUCCAGCGGCGUCGGACCCAUGUCGGUAGCUACAACGAACAACGUUAUACACCAACAGCAUCCGCACCAGCACCACGGCGAUCAUCCAUCCUCCGCAUCGGCAGCAGCGGCGGCGGCGGCAGCGGCAGCCAGCAACAACUCUACUAUAAUGGGGGGUAUGGGACUCGUGCCAAAUGGUAUAAAUGUAAGUCAGAGGGACUACUACCCCUCGCCACCCUCAACGGAGACGGAAAGCAGUGGAAGUGUUAUCCAGCCAGCUACGCGCCGCACACUUCAAUCGCAAUCGGGCGACACGCAAUCCUUAAGCCAGCAGCAGCUGCAGCUACAUCAACUCCAAUUGCAUCAACAUCAGCAAUAUCAGCAGCAUCAUCAAGCGCAGCAGCAGCAUCAAUCAGUCGAUACCAGCAGCAGCAACAACAGUCAAUCCGGACAAAUAAUCGAGAAUGGCUGCUACCCGGAAUAUAAGCAUUGACAGUUCAAAAGGCUCUAGCUUCCUCUACUACUAACAACAGCAGCAACAUUAACAACAACAACAACAGCAAUCCCCCCAGCAACAGCAACAGCAGCAGCAGCAGUGACAACUUUAAUCUCUGUUCUGACAACUUGCAGCAAGAUGUGAGGCAAGUGUUAGCAUUAUAAUCGUAUGAUUCAGUGUUUAGACUCCACAAAUAUUACAGUUCUCCCACAAAAAUACUGAGCAUUAGAUUAAAAACUCAAGCAAGCAGACAAAAAAUAAAUAAAAACAAGAGUAAAGUAAAACCAAGAAACAAAAAAAAAAAUGAAUAAAAUAAACAUAAACAUAAAUGUAAAUGUAAAUGCAAAUUGUAAGCAAAGUGAAUAUUUCAAAGAUACGAUACACUAGAGCACAUUACUUCCCCCC